AUGGCCCCCGCCAACACCCUCCCCGCCUGGUCGGACCUCCAGGCUCACCGCGAUAGCGUCGGCAAGUCGUUUGUCCUCAAGGAGGCCUUUGCCUCUGACCCCGAUCGAUUCGACCGCUUCACCCGAACCUUCAAGGCUGAGGGCAGCAACGAUAUCCUCUUCGACUUUAGCAAGAACUUCCUCACCGAUGAGACCCUCGACCUCCUCGUCAAGCUUGCCGAGCAGGCCGGCGUCGAGAAGAAGCGCGAUGCCAUGUUUGCUGGCGAAAAGAUCAACUUUACCGAGGACCGUGCUGUCUACCACACUGCUCUGCGAAACGUUGGCGGCUGGGAGAUGAAGGUCGAUGGUGUCGACGUUACUGCUGGCGUCAACGAGGUUUUGGACCACAUGAAGGAGUUCUCUGAGCAGGUCCGCAGCGGCGAGUGGAAGGGAUACACCGGAAAGAAGCUCACCACCAUUAUCAACGUUGGUAUUGGUGGUUCUGAUCUCGGCCCCGUCAUGGUCACCGAGGCUCUUAAGCACUACGGUGCUGAUGACAUGACCCUUCACUUUGUCUCCAACAUUGACGGCACCCACAUGGCUGAGGCUCUCAAGGCUUCUGACCCCGAGACCACUCUCUUCCUCAUUGCCUCCAAGACCUUUACCACUGCUGAGACCACCACCAACGCCAACACCGCCAAGACAUGGUUCCUCGAGAAGACCAACGGCGAGGGCGAGAUCGCCAAGCACUUUGUUGCUCUGUCCACCAACGAGUCCGAGGUGACCAAGUUUGGCAUUGACAGCAAGAACAUGUUUGGCUUUGAGAGCUGGGUCGGUGGUCGAUACUCUGUCUGGAGUGCCAUUGGUCUUAGCGUUGCUCUGUACAUUGGCUUUGACAACUUCCACAAGUUCCUCAGCGGUGCUCAUGCCAUGGAUAAGCACUUCCGCGAGACUCCUCUCAAGGAGAACAUUCCCGUUCUCGGUGGUCUUCUGAGUGUGUGGUACUCUGACUUUUUCCAGGCCCAGACCCACCUGGUUGCUCCCUUCGACCAGUACCUUCACAGAUUCCCUGCCUACCUCCAGCAGCUUUCUAUGGAGUCCAACGGCAAGACCAUCACAUCUGAUGGAUCUUCUGCCAAGUACACUACUGGCCCCAUCCUCUUUGGUGAGCCUUGCACCAACGCUCAGCACUCCUUCUUCCAGCUUGUCCACCAGGGAACCAAGCUGAUCCCCACCGACUUCAUUCUGGCUGCCAAGUCUCACAACCCCAUCACCAACAACCUUCACCAGAAGAUGCUGGCCUCCAACUACUUUGCUCAGGCCGAGGCUCUCAUGGUUGGCAAGACUGACGAGCAAGUCCGAGCUGAGGGUGCUCCCGAGGCUCUUGUUCCUCACAAGCGAUUCCUUGGUAACCGGCCUACCACUUCGAUCCUGGUUGGCGGCACCAUCGGCCCUGCUGAGCUGGGUGCUCUGAUUGUCUACUACGAGCACCUGACCUUCACUGAGGGAGCGGUCUGGGACGUCAACAGCUUCGACCAGUGGGGUGUCGAGCUGGGCAAGGUGUUGGCCAAGAAGAUUCUCAAGGAGCUCGAUGAGGAGGGCAACGGCGAGGGUCACGAUGCUUCGACGGGCGGCCUCAUUGGUGCGUUCAAGAAGUAUGCCAACUAA